AUGAGUCGACAUCCCUGUUUCUAUCGAGUUCCUCCACAGGAGUUACACAGGAGAGACCAGCUAACAGAAGCCACCCAGACUAAAGUCCUCAACACCGUCAUCAGCGUGAAGAGAACAUCCCCAGCCUUGUGCUACGAGCCUGAUUUCAUAUGGAAGGACACCAAAAUUGCAUCACUGGAGCGGAAUAUUCGAGACCUGGAGGACGAGAUCCAAACGAUGAAGACAAAUGGCCUUUUGCACACAGAUGGCCGGGGUGAAGACUUUAAACAGAUGGAAGUCUACAAGAACCACUCAAAGUUCAUGAAGAACAAGGUAAGAAUGGACUCGCUUCACAGAAAGACAGAUAGAUAGGUACUUUCAUCUACACCACAACAACAGUCCAGUUCUGACCAAAAGAAAAUUGAUCUGCUGAAACAGGAAGUAGUAAAGAAAGAUUCUGAGUCGAUGGCGCUGCAAACUAAGCUUGACACACUGAACAAUCAAAACUCUGACUGCAAACAGCACAUAGAUGUCCUGAAGGAAUCUCUCACAGCCAAAGAACACAGAGCUAAUAUCCUUCAGACAGAGGUGGAUGCUCUACGUCUACGCCUGGAGGAGAGAGAGUCAUUCCUAAACAAGAAGGUCAAACAGACCCAGGAUCUCAUAGAAGAGAAGGGAACAUUAAAUAGUGAGAUAUGUGACCUGAAGGACAUGUUGGAGGUCAAGGAGAAGAAGAUCAACAUCCUACAAAAAAAGGUUGAGAACCUGCAGGAGCAGUUAAAAGACAGAGACAAACAGUUGGAGAGUUUGGGGGACAGGAUGACAUCUCUGCAAGCCGACUCCAGCAACACGGACACAGCUCUCAUUACACUGGAAGAGGCUCUCUCUGAGAAGGUGUAUAUUUUAAUCAACAAGAAAGAUCAUCAAAAACACAGUGUACCAGCACCAGCAGAUGACAUGGCACCCCACACCAUAACUGAUGUGGAAACUUUACACUGGACCUCAAGUAACGUGGAUUCUCCACUCAGUGGCAGUCCAAUAGAAGAGGCAGAAAUGUAUAAGAAUGAAAAUAAGGAACUGAAAAGCCAACUUGCCUCCCUACAAGAACGUCUCUCAGAGAAGGAGGCUUGUGAAGCUGAACACGUUGUUCGCUGGAAUCCUGAGCUGUCAGAGCAACUGCAGGUUGUCCAAACAGAAGCUGUCCAUCACAAAGAGGAAGUGGAGAAGUCUAAUGCUGAAGUUCAGAGAUUGUUGGCUAUUUUGCGGGAGCUGCAGUCUGAACGGCUGGAGCAGGACAAGAAAGUCAUAGAGCUGGAGAGACAACUGAAGGAGCAGAACCAAAAGCAGUCUGUGAAUCCAGGCCAAGCUGGAGAAAUGAGUCCCAAUACUUCUCAAAGACAGUUGGACGAUUUGAUGGCAGAUGUAGACAAAACCAGAAAAGAGUUAGAUGCCACAAGGCAGCGGUUGUCGUCUACACAGAAUGCUCUGUCUGAACGCGACAGUGAGCUGAGCAGGAUACGAGCUGAUCACAGUAAACAGCUGUCAGAGAUCCUGCAGUUAAAACAACAGGCUUUGCUGGCUGCCGUCAGUGAAAAAGAUGGCUGCAUCAAUUUACUAGAACUUUCUCCCAUGAGAAACAUGUCGACCCCUGAGGAUGUGAUGACCUUGAGGAGAGAGAAGGAAAGGUUUAUGAAUUACCAAAAACAGCAGGGACACAGCAGGACGAAGCACAUGGCAGAACAUUAUGAAGAUGGACACAUUCAUCCACAGUAUUCUCAUUAUUCACAUCAAGAACAGCAGCGUGAACUGAUCUCCCCCCCACCAGAACAGGAUGACGAGGAUGGCAUAUGGGCAUGACAAAACACAAUCUACACUGAAUGGUAAGUGAUGCAGAGUUUUAUGACUUCUGUUUUUCCUCUGCUUAGCUUCAAAUGAACUACUGGAAAUAACCCACGUAUCUGGGCUGUCUGUUUAAUAUCAAUCUAUGUGUCAGGGAUCUGGAAAGAGGACCCAAUCGCUGACUGAGUGAUGAGUGCUUGA